AUGGAUAGACGAAUUGAAGCGAGAAGAAAAGAAUUUAAGAAGAACUGCGAUGACACGAGAAGGAAAAGAGAAGACCUGGUGGUCCAAAUAAGAAAGCAACAGAGAGAAUGUCAGCUGGAAAGUAAAAGAGCCUUGAUAAUGGCCAACAUAGGACUCGAAGAAAAUUCCUCAUAUAAUGUCAAUUAUUUAAAAUCAAACCAAAAUGACUCCACUAAUGAUUCUCUCUACAAUGCUGCAUCGAACAGUAGUUCCAGUACCGUCGAAAUGUUAAAGAAGAUUCCCUCCUUGGCGAUAGGGGUAAGGUCAACUGAAUAUGUAACCCAAUUAAAUAGCACAAGAGAGUUAAGGAAGUUAUUGUCUAUUGAAAAGGGACCACCCAUACAGGAAGUAAUAAAUUCGGGCGUCGUUCCAUAUAUAGUGGAAUUUCUAAAAUAUGAUGAUAAAACAGAUUUACAGUUUGAAGCUGCAUGGGUGUUGACAAAUAUCGCAUCAGGUUCACAAGAACAAACCAAAGUUGUAAUUGAAAAUAAUGCUGUGCCCCAUCUUGUUAGACUCCUAAAUAGUGAAAAGGAAGAUGUGUGUGAACAAGCCGUGUGGGCCUUGGGGAACAUUGCAGGAGAUUCAGCCGAAUGUAGAGAAUUCGUUCUUAAUCAAAAUUCUUUACCUUUACUUUUAAAAAUUCUAAGAACAAGUCAUAAGAGAACAUUAAUAAGAAAUGCCGCUUGGACAUUAUCGAAUUUGUGUAGAGGAAAACCCGCUCCAAAAUUUGAAAUAGUUUCCAAGGCGUUGCCAACCUUAGCUGCAUUAAUAUACAACGAUGAUGAAGAAAUAUUAACAGAUGCUUGUUGGACUUUGUCCUACUUAUCAGAUGGCUCCAAUGAAAAUAUCAAUGCUGUUCUUGAUGCGGGAGUAGCGGAACGAGUAGUUGAGUUGCUAAGCCAUUGUUCCUUUUUAGUUCAAACACCUGCCUUGAGAACCGUUGGAAAUAUUGUCACAGGGGAUGAUCUCCAAACGGAUGUUGUUGUUAAACUUGGUGCAGUGCAGAAAUUAUCUUGCCUACUUAAUUCUUCAAAAAAAAGUAUAAAAAAAGAAGCCUGUUGGGCCUUAUCUAACAUCACUGCAGGAAACAUUUCCCAAAUACAAGCAGUAAUUGAUAAUAAUGUUAUUCCACAGCUUAUUAAUAUUUUAAUGAAGGAAGAUUUUGAAGUAAGGAAAGAAGCUGCGUGGGCGAUAUCGAAUGCUUCUUCUGGUGGAUCAGAGUCGCAAAUAGAAUACCUUGUAGAAUGCGGUGCCAUACACUCCUUGUCUAACUUACUAGAUGUAGAAGAUGCAAACAUAAUUUCUGUCACUUUGGAAGGACUUGAAAAUAUCCUCGAAAUGGGAGAAAAUAAAAAGUUAAGAGAUAAUUUACCUGCCAAUCCGUAUGUUCAUUUUUUCGAAGAGUGCGACAGUGUGCAUAAAAUAGAUGCUUUACAGGAUAGAAAGGUGGACAAUAUUUGCAACAAGGCUUGGAAAAUAUUGUACAAGUAUUUCCCCUUUAUCAUUAAUAACGAAAUAAACAACACACAGAUCACACUGAACAAUGUCUUUGCCAACAACGACGACGCGGUGCUAAAUAAGGACUUUACGUUCGAUUGA